GUAUUUUCCCAAUUUAUAAAAUUUCGUUUAAUUUUAUUUUUAGAGAUCAACAAGCCUUAAUAGGCUCUAUACAGUUUUCAAGUUUCUUUACUGGAAUUUUUGCAGAUUCCCUCAGAUUACAAAACGAACACAUCGAUUCUUUAUUUUUAUUAAUUCGUCGUUCACAUUCUUUACGCUCUCUUUACUUUAAUCGCUGCACCCUUCCAAUUAAAGAUUUUUUGACUCAAUUUUCUACUGCUCUUUCAACAAAUAUUAAUUUGCCUUUGGAACGACUUCGAUUGGUUGGAAUUGUUUUGGAAGAUAAAAAAGGCCUUACUCAAUUGGGCACUCUACUUCCCCAACUUUCUUCUUUGCGUGCUUUAUCUUUCGCUGAAUGCCUUUUAAGUGAAAAAUGUGCUUUAGCUCUUUUAAAUGGAUUACAUCACGGAAUUAGAUUAGCAAAUGAUUCAGCAAAAGGCGUUAAAUUUAAGUGGAAAUCCUUUGGGAAGUGGAGUAGAACUUGCUGAACAAUUGGCUAACUUUUUGGCUUUGAAUACUGGAGCAAUUCGCUUUUUGGAUUUAAAUGGAACGGCAAUUCAAUUGGAUCGUCUCUGGGCUGCUCUCAAAUUGGGCGGUCUUGGUCUAGAAGUUCUCCGUCUUGGUGGUUGUCACAUUGCUCAAACUAAAAGAAGUGUUCGAAAUAGUGGAAAAGAUAGUGCUCAAAUUGCUAAUGAAAAUUGCCCCGUCGUUUGA